AUGUCAACUACUGUCCUGGUUGCGGAAAUUGCUGUUUUGAGGGAGGACAUUGCUGUGCGAAGAGCUACGGUCGUUAUUGUCGAGAUGAUUACGUCCACCCAUAUAUCGACUGUCGACGUAACGACGGACCAUGCCGAGACACAAACAAAUGUUAUAUGGGUGACUGUCGCCGAAGUUGCGGCUGCAAAGAGAGCAGUUCAGUCGGAUACUGCCCAAGAGGCUCCAAGAACAUCUGGCCAUCCCCUGCCUGUCCCGAGGCAAGCUGCCCAGGAUGUACCAACGGUCACCGAAUAUGUGACUGCUACCACUGAUGUGACAAGCAUCUCUUCCGUGCAGAUCACUUCACAUGCUACCUCUGUCGUGUUCACUACUAUCUACCGCACACAAACUCAUGUCCGCAACGCUCAAACAACUGUGGAUGUCACCUCGACCCUCACAGUCAUAUCUCAUCCACCAGCUACCAUAGUAGUAACAUCAACAGAAAGCGUUAUACUCACCCAAACAGCACCGACUCCUACUGCUUCCCAACCGCAGCCUCAACCCGACCCAGAAGACCCCAACCUAGCACAGCCCAGCAACGAGGAAGACCCCCAGACCCGAAAACAUCGUAAACGCCUCUCCAAGCACGCCAUCGCGGGCUUAGCCACAGGCGGCGCCAUCCUAGGCUUGCUUCUUACAGCCCUUGUGGUCCUCUCCAUGCGCCGACGCUUCCGCUACCUCCGCGAAACAGAAGGCCAAGCCCAAGAUGACGACCACAGGAUUGUUGGAAGAGGAUACGACUAUUACGCCCCGAAGCAGAGCCCAAGCCGCAAUGACGACGACGGCAGCGUCAGCACAUGCCUACCUGCUCCAGCACCAACACCUCCUUCUCCUCCCCCUCUCCCAGGACCCCUCCUGCUCAUGUGGCAUCAGGGGCUUAUUCUCAAGGCUUAA